AUGUCCAAUCAAACAAACCAGCGAGUCCUGGACAGUCCAACCCCAGCCACGAGUUCCAUGGUUCGUCUCGUCUCGAUGGUCUCGUUGGCUGCGGGAGCCCAUCUACCUACCGCGCCACAGCAACGGCCGAUAUCAGCUUCUCCAUCAACUAUCUCAUCGUUGACUCCUAUCACAAAUUUGCUCCAGAUAGCUACCCCAGAGUGCGGGGUAUCAGAUUGUGAGGAGAGUGGGCUUAGCCAACGUCAGAGUAGCAGUGGUGUUGCUAGCAGUACAGCUUUAUCACCCAGAGCACUAUAUCCUGCUACAAGAUACCUCAAAGCGCCAUAUCUCCCGCCAGCUUUGAACACCCGCAGGCAAGCAAGGGAGAGCUUCGAAUUUCAAUUGCUGGCCGGUUCAGAGUGGGAAGCUGUAGAUAUUGCCAACUCAAGAAAGGCUGGAGAAGAAAGAGCUCUGGAAAAGCGUGAGGAAGCUCAAAAGGCUAAACAAGGGAGAGCCCAGGCUGCAAGACUUUCCCUGACGAACUUAGAACGUGGAGGGGCCAUCAUGUCCCGGAACAGACCCAGGGGCCCCUCCGCCAGGGACAAUGGGGCGGCUGCAAAUGAAGAAAUUGAAAUGUGGAAUCGGAUCCGUCAAGAUAUAUUCAAAGCUGCCGAGCGGAAUGAGAAGCAGAAAUCCCCUGGUUUUGCACUGGCUGCGUUGAGGGAAAAAAUCGCAAAGACCGGCAGAAAAGCAACGCCAAGUGAGCUGGAGCAGAUGGAAAACUUCCAUCGUAUAAUAAACAAGCACAGUGAUGAGGAGCGUGCGAUUCUACUGGAUGAACCAGCGGACGUAAUCAAAAACCUGGAAAUACUCAUCGCUUUGCGCUCUGCGUCUGAAGCUGACCCCCAAACUCGUGCCUCGGCCACCGGAAAACCGCGGAAAAGAAAGAACGAAGCUGACGCUUCAGCUGCAGAUUCUCCCGCUCCAGCAGCAGCUGGGGUUUCUGAUAAACUAAAUCGACUCAAAAGUGGCACACAUAGAAGCACCAGUGUCUCCAGCAGUCAAGCCCGCGAAGCUAUUUCUGUCAAGAGUGAAGACGGGGUUGAAGGCACGAAAGGCACAGCAGCAGAAAAAAGUGGACAGCUCUUUGUUGGCGCGGAAGUUGUUUUCAAACACAAUAAGAAGCAACAGGGUGUAGAAGGCGAAGGUAUUCAGUGCAUUAUCAAAAGCAUUGCUGGGGAGGGUCAUAAAAAGCGGUAUGAUGUUCAAGAUCCUGAGCCCAACGAAAACGGAGAAGAGGGUGCGGUCUACAAAACCACUGCCGCUUCAUUGAUCCCAAUUCCCCAGGUCGGCGCCUCGCUUCCAUUUUUCUCUGUGGGAAAACAAGUCCUCGCUAGAUAUCCCGAUACGACUACAUUUUACCGCGCGGAGGUUAUGGGCUCUAAGAAGGAUGUGUAUAGGUUGAAGUUCGAGGGGGAGGAAGAUGAUAAGGAGAUGGAUGUUGACCGCCGUUUUGUACUCGACAUUCCCGGAAAGUAA